CAACGCUCGCUUUUGACACAUAAGCCAUAGAUAUUCAUUCUUUUUCUUUGACAAUUUUCACACCUUAUUUUCACACCAUAUAUCCCCACUUUCAUUUUCCCUACAUAUAAAAACCUUUCUUCUUCUCUCUCCCCAAAUCUUUUUCCUCUCCAUUUUCUUAACCAAAACUAUCUCUCAAAACUUCAAGUUCAACCCAACAUAUAUAUACCCUUUUUAAAUAAUAAACCUAGGGUUAUUAUUAUAUGGAUCCUCAUCUUCAUCACCAUCAUCAUCAACAUCAACAUCAUCAGCAACAACAACAACAAAAUCCAUUUAGUCAUCAAAGUGUGAAUGUAGAUACAAGUGGUGGAGGGGUUAAUAUUGGUACAACUAGUGGAGAUAGAUUUCCUCAAUGGAGUAUUCAAGAAACAAGAGAUUUCUUGAUGAUUAGAGCCGAGUUGGAUCAAACGUUCAUGGAAACUAAAAGAAACAAGCUUUUAUGGGAAGUCAUAGCCACAAAGAUGAAAGACAAAGGUUACAAUCGUAGCCCUGAACAGUGUAAAUGCAAGUGGAAAAAUCUCGUUACGCGCUAUAAGGGAUGUGAAACGCUUGAACCGGAAGCUUUACGACAACAAUUUCCAUUUUACAACGAGUUGCAAGCGAUUUUCGCGGCUAGGAUGCAGAGAAUGCUGUGGAUAGAGGCAGAAGGUGGCGGGGGGUCGAAGAAGAAGACUAUUUCUCAGCUAUCUUCUGAUGAAGAGGAAGAAAAUGAGGAUAGUGAAGGAGAAAAAGUAGUUGGUAUCACAAAAAAGAAAAGAAAGGUCAAGGGAAAUAAUGUUAACAUUGUUGGUAGUAGUUCUAGUGGUGGUAGUGGGAAUUUAGUGAAUAGUUUUAAGGAGAUUUUGGAUGAUUUCAUGAAGCAACAAAUGGCAAUGGAAAUGCAAUGGUUAAAAGCUUAUGAAGCAAAGGAAGAAGAGAGGAGAAUAAAGGAAAUGGAAUGGAGACAAACAAUGGAGGCAUUAGAAAAUGAGAGGUUAAUGAUGGAAAGAAGAUGGAGAGAAAGGGAAGAACAAAGGAGGAUUAGAGAAGAAGCUAGAGCUGAGAAAAGGGAUGCACUUAUUACAGCUCUUUUGAACAAGCUUAGAAGAGAAGAUCACAACAUGUAACCUUAUCCCUUCAAGGACAUGCAUCCGAUAAAAUUGGAACGAUACAGACAAGAUUAGCAUGGUACAACGUGUAACCUUAUUAGGGUAUAGAGGAAGUGGAAUAUUAGCUAGCUCUAGCUAAUUAGACUAACUGUUUCUUGAUUAAAUUUUGCUGAUGAUCAUGUUCUGGGGAAGUUUAAAAGAAGAUAAAAAAGAAGCCCUUUGAUCAGAGGUUUGUCUUGAACUUACUCUUAUUGUAGUGCUGAAAAACAAACAUAAUGCUCCAUGCAUUUCAUGUCUCUUCUUUUCUUUUGCAAGUUAUAAAAUUUCUUAUUUCUUGA